CCGCUGGAGAAGACCCCCCCAACAUGUUCAGAGUGCAACAAGAGCUUCAGGAGCCCGUCGGCAUUGGCCGUCCACAUGCGGAGCCACACGAGUGAGCGGCCCUUCGUCUGCACCGACUGCGGCAAGUGCUUUGGCCGCAAGGAUCACCUGGUGAGACACCGGCACGUGCACACCAGUGAGAAGGCCUUUGCCUGUCGCCAACACUUCAGCGGUGAAAGGCAUCACAUCCAGUCUGCGGAGCGCUCCUUCACCUGCGCCCACUGCCCCAAGACCUUCAAGGACAGGAAGUAUGUCAUUGUCCACCAGCGCAUCCACACCGGGGAACGCCCCUUCGCCUGCACCCACUGCCCCAAGACCUUCAGGGACAGGAAGUACCUCACAGCCCACCAGCGCAUCCAUACUGGGGAGCGUCCCUUCGCCUGCACCCACUGCCCCAAGACCUUCAUGUACAAGAAGACACUGAGAGCCCACCAGCACACCCACACUGAGGAUCGACCCUUCACCUGUGCCCACUGCCUCAAGACCUUCAUGUACAAGAUGACCCUCAGAGCCCACCAGCGCAUCCACACCGGGGAGCGACCCUUCUCCUGCACUCACUGCCCCAAAACCUUCAGGUACAAGGAGACACUCACAGCCCACCAGCACAUCCACACUGGGGAUCGACCCUUUGCCUGCGCCCACUGCCCCAAGACCUUCAUGUACAAGAUGACCCUCACAGCCCACCAGCGUAUCCACACUGGGGAGCGACCCUUCACCUGCACCCACUGCUCCAAGGCCUUCAGGGACAGCAGUACACUCACUGCCCAUCAGCGCAUCCACUCUGUGGAGCGACCCUUCUCCUGUCCACAGUGCUCCAAGACCUUCAAGUACAAGAAGACCCUCGCUGUCCACCAGCGCAUUCACUCUGGGGAGCGACCCUUCACCUGCGCCCACUGCCCCAAGACCUUCAGGGAGAAGAAGAACCUCACUGCCCACCAGCGCAUCCACACUGGGGAGCGACCCUUCACCUGCGCCCACUGUCCCAAGACCUUCAGGGACUACAGUAACCUUACUGCCCAUCGGCGCGUCCACACUGGUGAGAAGCCCUACAAGUGCAGCGAGUGCGGCAAGACCUGCAGCCAGAAGCGUAACCUGAAGAGGCACCAGAGGAUUCAUCAGAGCCUGCCAGCGGUGCCAGAGGGUAGACGGUAG